AUGGAAAAUCAGGAUCACUCAUACAUUCAAGAUAACGAGCCGAUCGUCGAUUCCUCAGCAGCGUGUCUGAACAAGUCGCAGCAGCAGCUCAGCUGUUGGUUGUACAUAUCCCGUAGCUGUGGAUUGGAUCAGCAGCAGCACCAGGGAAACCCGAGGGAUGGUCUGCCACGUGCCAACCUCGAGGACGCGAUCCUCGCGGUUGAGCCUCAAGGUCCCUGGCACGUGUCGGAGACCCAUUGCGGUCUACUAGCCGGUUUCGGGCGCGAAGCCGAUGCCGAUAAACUGCUGCAGUAUGCCGAUCUCGCGAGCAUCUUCGAGGGGCCCGUACAGGUCGCCCGCUUCUACGAUCGAGACACCCGUUACCGGCAGGCUCUCCUGUUGCGCGACGUCCCCUGGGCCAUACAACUGCAGGACCUCAGCUCGGCUCUCGCCAGGCAAGGCAUCGCCACCGGAAGCGUCGAGCGCUUGCGACACUACAUUCGCGUCGAGGUUCUGGACCCCAGCCAGUACGAGCUGCUCCUGCGCCAGGGCCUAGAUUUUUUCGGAGUGGCGCGUUUCUGCGCGGUCCCGGAGCGCUGGUGGCGCGGGGGUCCCCAGAGCCCCUUCAGCCCCGACGCCCCGCCCAAUCAACAACCCCAACAGCAGCAACAGCCCAACCAACAGUCCAACGCUCAGGACGACGUGCUCCAGUGCUUCCGUUGUCAGGGAUUCUGGCACGUGGCCGCCAAUUGCCGGCACCUGCCCCGAUGCGUCCGCUGCGGGGAACCCCACAGCGUUGAGUUCUGCCCACGGCCCAGGAACAACCCCGUCUGCUGCCACUGCGCUGGACCCCAUCAUGCUGCCUAUCGCCAAUGCCCCGUGCGACUGCAACUACUGAACGCGACUCCCGUCAGUUUGACCCUGAGCGCUAGCCGACUGGGGACCAGCAGCUCCUACGGCAAGUCCAGCGGCGCCAGUAGCGUGGCUCCGGCGGCGUUCUCGGGUCACCGGUCCAGCCACUCCAGUUGA